CUCGGUUCCAGGUGUAAAUCGAAGCGGAGGUGCUUUGCUCCGGCGGCGUUCUACAGACCCUUCGGCGAGGCGGCGGCGGGGGCGCUGAGUUUAUCCCAGUUCCGAGAGCUGCAGGAAAGCGACAGAGAGACCGCAGCGCUGCGGGAGUUGGGGCUGUCGGAGCCCGAGAUCGCGCUAUGGAAGAACCGCGCUGCGGGGAAGCACUCCGGGCUCGGAGCGGCCCCCGAAGCCGUGCAGGAGCGCCUCAACGCCAUCCAGGAGAAGAUGGACGAGCGGCAGCGCAUCCUGGAGCUGCCCCAGAGGUUUGCUGGCAGCAAGCAGCUGAGCCGGAGGGAGAUGGAGAUCGAGAAUGCUCUCUUCCAGGGAACGGACCGGCACUCCUUCCUGCGGGCGCUGUACCACCAAGAUGACGCUCAAAGGAUAACAGAUGAGAAGGACCCCAUGAUUCACCUGGACAGUGUUUACCAAGAGCUGCUGGGCAAGCAGCCGCCUGGAGAGGUCCAACCAUCCACAAGUGCUGCGUGCUCGCUGCCUGCCGCUGCCCUGCAGGGCCCUGACACUGAGGAGUCAUCACCUCCCAACCAGGAAGAGCAGCCAGGCCAGAAAGGAAGCCCCAGCCCUCCUCCAGCAAAGCCCCACCAGUCCCCUCCAGGGCCUGUGACUAUAAAGGAGCCUGUAGAGUUCAUCCCAGAGGAGGAGAUCUGCAAGAACCGGCUCUCUGAGGAGGAACUCCGCAAUAUACCUCGGUUUUCUUCCUACCACCCUGGGGAGCCCAAUAAGGUGCUGUAUGUGAAGAACUUGGGUCCUCGUGUGACCAUGAAGGACCUGGUGUCACUGUUUGCUCGGUUCCAGCAGGAGGACAGCAGGCCCAUCCAGUUCCGCCUGCUGAGCGGCCGCAUGCGGGGUCAGGCCUUCAUCACCUUCCCUGAUAUUCAGUCGGCCCAGGAUGCGAUGCUCUUGGUGAAUGGGUACAGACUGCAGGGGAAGCCAAUGGUGAUUGAAUUUGGGAAAAGCAAGGAGCCGUCGACACAGGCUGAGGCAGCUGCUCCCUCCUCUGCUGGAGCAGCGCCCACUGCCACGUAAGGGCUGCAGGACCUCGUGGACUUGAGCAGGCCCUGGGACCGCCUCGCUCAGGACUGGUGGGAGCUCAAGUGCAGCUCCGUGCACCUGCAGUGGCAGGGUGAGGGCUGAAUGCAGCCUCGAGGAGGGUGGUGCUGAGGAAGCAGCGUUCUCCGCCCUGCUGGCACGUGAGGAUCUUCAGGAAGGCCAGAGUUGUGUUUUCACGUGCUGUUCUGACACUGCUGUUGGGGUGCUCCACCUGUCUGCAUUCUCAGCCCUUUGAGGCGAGGAAGAGGAGGGGAAGCUACAUGUGUUUAUAUUGUGUAUUUCUACAUCUUUAUUUGCAUGUCAGUGUGUUCCUUUGAGAGAAAAGGGACUAGUGUGGAAGAGGGCACGAUUUUUCAGACUUGA